UUGGUCCUCGACGUGUCUGUACCUGCGCACUGCGUCAUCGUCAAUAUUGGGUGACAGUUCCGACGGUUUCGGUGAAAGUUUUAUGGUAUUUAGGUCAAGGAUCGAUCAAAUACAAACACGGUCUUCAAGAUGGAAGAACCGAUGGAAGAACAGAGUGCAGAAGAGACGACAGAGAAACAAGCACUGAACUCCGAGGGUGACCAGAAGCCUGCGGAACGCAAGAAGCUCCCGUCCCUGCUCCGGCCAGUAGUUAUUGUUCCCUCUGCAGUAAUGGGAGCCAUCAGUAUGGAGGAGUAUGAGAUGCAGUACUGGCCGAAGCUGGAGAAUGCCAUCGUACAGCUGCUAACUCAGACACCAGGGGACUACAUCCCUAUCUCAUAUGAACAGAUGUACAGCUGUGUGUACAAGUGUGUUUGUCAACAACAUUCAGAGCGUAUGUACAACGACCUAAUGAGCCUGGUCAUAGGUCACCUACAGAGAGUAUCACAGGAGCUCAAGACUCGGUAA